CAUUGCGACUGCGACUUCGGCCUUGAACGAGUAGAAAAUAGCAAUCGUUUCUCUUGCUGGGGUUUUGGUCAUUGUUAGGAGUAUUUUUCGUUAAAUUUCCCACCUAGACACACACAUGUCAGAAUCCCAAUCAUCUCUUCUACUCCGGAAACAACUUUCAGAGUUGAAUAAAAACCCCGUCGAAGGGUUUUCUGCAGGACUGAUCGAUGACAAUGAGAUUUACAAAUGGGAAGUCUUGAUCAUAGGACCUCCUGACACCCUCUACGAGGGUGGAUUCUUCAAAGCUCACCUCUAUUUCCCAAAAGAGUACCCUCUCAGACCUCCUAGAAUGAAGUUCAUCACAGAAAUUUGGCAUCCGAACAUUGAUAAAAAUGGUGAUGUCUGUAUCUCAAUUCUCCACGAGCCUGGCGAUGACAAGUGGGGUUACGAAAAAGCAUCUGAAAGAUGGCUGCCUGUGCACACAGUCGAAACCAUCCUGAUAUCUGUCAUCUCAAUGCUAGCUGACCCCAAUGACGAAAGUCCGGCAAACGUAGAUGCAGCGAAAGAGUGGCGAGAAAACUACCCCGAGUUCAAGAGAAAAGUAGCAAAAUGUGUUCGCAAGAGCCAAGAGGAGUGCGUGUAGGAAUCUUAGGCCGGUGAAUUUAUCUUCCAUGUGAUGAUGAUUCAGAGCGUGCCCCUCCAAACACAACCAACAAGACUUUUUUGUCGUUUGCUUUUUUACUCGGAAAAUCACCACUAACUAACUCUGCAAAAUAUCAGCCGAAAAUACAUCCAAAUUCCUCCUGACAAUUCGAACUAAACAAUAUGUUAAUUUUUUUUUCAAUUCUUUGCUGCUUGCGUCAGAAUAACCCUACACAUUUUUCCCCUUAACAAUAAGUAACCGAAAUUGCCCCCGAGUUGAUGGCACGAGCCAAUUAACCUCUCCCGUUUUGUACAAAAUGCAUAAUUGGCAUUUUUUUUGGUAAUGAAAACGUACGUGAUCAGCAUGGCUCAAACUGGAAAUGACAACUGAGUAUGAAAUUUGUGUGACUGCGUGUCGGCAACUUUUUUUACUAGCCCCAAGUCAUCAGUAGCCACCACACAGGAUCUACCUCUCUUUCUGCUGGACAAACUUAACAGACGAAAAAACCUCCCGAUGACAGGACUCUAAUUAUGAUUCCAUUGCUCCACACAUACGAACACUACACGCCAAUCGGUAAAUCAUUAAUGUAUAAAACUGCUGAAAAUUUUGUUUGCUGGUAAUAAAUAAUAAUCAACUCAGUGCUGCAGCAGCCUUGGUUUUUGUGCUGCGGACAUUCUCAUUGCAUGCUUCGACAAACACACCGCGCACUUGGCGAGGCAAAAUGUGCAAUAAGCUCUUUGAUUUGAAAACUAAAACCGCCUUCGAGGCUUUGAUUUAAACUUGGAUUAAUAACACAGCUUAAAUGAUGUUCUCUUCGGUAAUUAUAGCCAAUUAAAAAUCCAAUCUCUGAGGUAUAUUCCAAGCCUUAUUCAAUCUCUGCUCGACCAUGUUUUAUUUUUUCUUUUGCAUUUUUAUUUAAAUCUGAUGUUUGAGAAAGUGACUUUGUAACUGAAAAUCUUUGAAGAGGAUUAAUUAUGAAUGAGUAAAUAAAGCUUAAGUAUGCUCUUUCCA